AUGCAUAACUUUAGGCCCGCUUCAAGCAUUGGUGAGCUGGGUACAUCCGAGAACAAACAAGGUGAUAAUUCUGAUAACUGGUUCAAGAAAGUUGCAGAGCUGCAUAAUGUCGCAGACAUGGAUAGUGCAUUCGCAUAUGAUGAUUUCCCUGACAUCAUGGCAAUCCGCAAGGGCAAAGACAGAUUUGUACUGGAUGAUUAA